GCGUCGGCAUCAGUCUACACGCCCAUGCCCUCGCAGCUGAAGAGGGGCAUCAGUUCUACCAGCCUCGGAGGCGCCUUUGGGCCAGAUACCCCGAACAAGAAAUUUAAGGGCUUGAUGGGCGCACCCCUGAAGAUCGAGAAUGAGCACAGGGUUGGGACGCCUCAGUACUGGAUCACCGAGCUCAACCUUCACAUGCUCUUCGACGGCGCCAAGCUGGGGAAGCAGGAGGCGCAAGCCAAGCUUCUGUUGCCGAAGCUCCCCCCUUCUGAGCGGAACGGCCUGCGCGUCCACAUGGAUCUCGUGGAGCACGCGAAGAAGAUGAACAACGUGCAUACCUUGAGUGACCAGGAGCUCCGAGAUGCUUGGCAGCCAUUUGCUAAGUUGGGAAUGCUUCCCACGCCGGAGCUCGCACUCAGUCUGGUACAGCGCCGCGUGGACUACUUAUGGAAGGAGCUCCAUGUUGCGAGUAGAGUUGAGAAGGUCGAGGGCUUGUGCAAGCAGUUGCUGGAGUGUCUGGGGAUCUGGUCAGACCAGUCGGGUGCCCGCUUCGACGUAUUCGACCCCAAGCUGAUAAUCACAGGCGGCACGGACGCCGAGAUAGCGGACUUCUUUGUGAAACGCGUCUUCGCGACAGGCAUCGGGCAUUGGAUCAGCCAGGGAGCGGCGAUGGAGACGCACGUGCAGGAGUUCGCCCUCGUUGCUGGCACGGUGUGGUCCGACCUUCCCGAGGACGCAGACUUGGGUCACGAUUGCGCCUUGGUCUUGCUGGACGCGCGUGCGGCGAUGAGGAUCACCAGGAGCUUCUUAGUCGCAGUCAUUGACGACAACACUGACAUCGAGAUCUUUCAGGAGUACCCUCGCUUUGAGCAGGAGGCGUUGCGCACCGCGGGCUACGCCGCGCCGGCGCAGGCUCUCGGUCAAGCUUUGAAUGCUACCUCUGGCUUGUAUUGGAGGCAGCAGUUCGAACGGCUGAAGGCUGAUUCCGACAAGAUCCGAGAGUUGGGGUCCAGCAUCGCCGACGCGAUCAGCAAGGUCACGAAGCAGCCCGCCCAGGUUUCCCAGGCCACCAUCAAGGAGCUCAGAGGCGUGUGCGAGAAUUUCCCUUACUGGGAGCAGCAGGUGAACGACCAGAUCUGCAUCAAGCUGCGCGCUGGCCCCAUCAAGAAGGUUUCGUGGGUGGCCGAAGAGCUGCUGAACAAGAAGAGGAAGCUCGAGCAGAAGGGCUCCUGCACGGAGGAAGACGAGAGGACAUGGACAGACAAGGGCGUGAAGAUGGGGAUGGUAUCCGAGGCCAUCUUGGCUUGGACGCCCACGAUGGCAGAGCAUGCCCAUCGGCUGCGCGGCGCCAUCGGGGCUUGCAAGCCAAACACCGUGUCGGGGAAGGUCGAGAACAAUGCUUACAAGUUGUUGCAGAGCAUUGCGAACGAUUUGGGGCAGAAGGCUAGCUUCGGCAAUGGCACCGACGCUCGCAUCUACGACGCGGUCGAGAUGCUCGCAGAGAUUUCCCCGAUGGACUUCAAGCGCGACACCGAGGGCAACCACAACGACUUGGACAAGCUGGCGAGGGAGUUGAGCCAGGCCCUUCAGCGCGUGCCGGAGAAGAACAUGCCCAGCGGCCUGGUGGCGAAGUUCUCCACGACCCUCAACGAACGCGAGGAGAGCACGCGUAAGACGGCGAAGGAGUUGGUCAUGGAGAUCGGCGAGCAGGUGAGGGGCCAUUUCUACGACGGGGUGCAGACGAAAAGCCAGAAGCUCCACGCCGAGAUCGACCAGGACGCCUGGGCAAAGGCCUGGGUUACCGGCACGGCUGGCGUUGAGGAGCUGGCGCUUCUGCUCGAAGUGGGGGCCCACGAACGCAACUCUUCGCAGGCCGAGCACUGGGGUGACAUGGCGGACAGCCUCCAGUCGGAGUUCGCGACGCUCUUGCAGACGACGGUGGACUUCGAGCUUGCACCGAAGGCUGAUAUCGAGACGACGCUCCCUGAGUUGAUCCGCACUGCCCGCGUGCUGCACCUCGAGCACAGCCUCAUCGGCCACUUCACCAACGAGGCGACGAAGCGUGACAAGAUCUUGCUGCGGGCCAAGAUGAGGGACAUCCAGGGCUGCCUCAAGGAGUGGUCGUUGACGCCAGAGGACUUCCCCACGGCGCUGAUCGCGCGCUACCGCGCGGGCCUGCGCAUGACGUAA